AUGGCUGCUGCGCAUGUCUUCUCCUCCUCCGUUCAGCCACUGCACCAUUCGGCUUCACCGGUGGCCGGAAAUGGUGGCCGGAGCGGACGCAACCGUUCCUUCUUCCGCCCAUCAACGGUGAUAUGUCCCGGGCGAGAGCCUCCGUCAGAUGUGCUGUCCGAUGAUUUUGACUUCCAGUUAAAGUUCUGCAACACACCAGGAAAGCCUAACGAAUGUUCAAGCAUUGCUGCAUCACCGUCAGACGAGUCGACGAGGAUUAUUGACCACUACGAUGUUCUUCGAAAGUUCAGAAACGAUAAUGGCGAUUUCAACCUUGGCCUCAGCAAAGACAUUAGAGGAUUGCUCAGCUUGCAAGACAUGUCACACCUCAACGUAGGAGAAUCAUCACUCUACAAUGCAAAUGAAUUCUCAAGCAGGCAUCUUAGAUUUGCAAUUAAGUAUCUGGAGCCAAACCUUGCAAGAUAUGUAAGGCGGUCACUAGACCAUCCCUAUCAUGUGAGCCUGAUGCAAUACAAGGCAAGGCACCAGCUGAGUUUCCUUCAGAACAUGCCCACUAGGAACAUGGCAAUUGAGAAUUUGGCACUUGCAGAGUUUACGAUUAAGAAGUUGCAGCAUCAGAGAGAAAUGCAAGAGGUUAAGAGAUGGUGGAUGGAUCUAGGAUUGACUCAAGAAAUUCCGGCCGCAAGGGACCACAUUCUUAAAUGGUACAUGUGGCCCAUGACCGUCCUCGAGGGUUUAUCCUUCUCUAGAUAUCGGAUUGAGAUCACAAAGAUCAUAUCCAUGGUCUACAUUGUGGAUGACAUCUUUGAUCUUGUCGCCACACAAGAGGAGCUUUCCCUCUUUACUGAGGCGAUCAAAAUGUGGGAUCUUGCGGCUGUUGAUUCACUCCCGAGCUACAUGAGAUCAUGUUACAAGGCUCUUUACACUAUCACAAGUGAUAUCGCUGAUAUGGUCAGAAAAGAGCAUGGAUUGAGCCCUAUCAAUCAUCUCAAGAAAGCAUGGGCAACUUUGUUUAAUGGAUUCAUGAUCGAGGGAAAAUGGUUAUCUACUAAUCAGAUCCCUACAUCAGAGGACUAUCUAAGAAAUGGGAUUGUCACUUCAGGAGCUCCACUUGUAUUCAUGCAUCUUUUAUUCAUGUUGGGGCAUGAAUUAACAGAGGGCAACAAUGACGACAUCCAUCGGAUCAUCUCCUGCCCUGCAAAGAUCAUGAGGCUCUGGGACGACAUGGGCAGUGCAAAGGAUGAAUCGCAAAAUGGGCUAGAUGGAUCAUACAAAGAGUUGUACCAAAGAGAAAAUCCUAGUGGUGACGUAGAGAAGCACAUGCUAGAGAUGAUUGGGAGUGAAUGGGAGUGUAUGAACAGGGAAUGCUUCUCUUGGACAAAGUCAACACUAUCGCAUAGCUUCAUCAUAGCAUCACUAAACUUUGCGAGGAUGGUCCGCGUCAUGUAUGGCUAUGACGAGCAGAAGCUCCCCGUCCUUGAGGAUUAUACUAGGAUGUUGCUCUUCUAA